AGAGCGGCUAUUCGGUUGCAAUGACCAAUCAUUACCAAGAUAAAACUAAGUAGCAUUAGACACAUUCACGGGGAACAUUUGGACAGAAGGAGGAGAGAGAAGUCCACCAUUUCAUAGAAUUGUGCCUAUCGGUUGAAAGGCAUAUAUCAUAGUAAGAAUUGAAAAUAAGAAUUGUUUUUAGGAGGCUGGGAGUUCUUGUAUGUGUUGUUUCUAUUUCACUCCAAACAGAGCUGAGAUCAUUAUUCAAUGCAGGUGGAUCCACACGACAACAAGUGGAGAGAUGGUGUCCAUUUAUGGAGGGAGAGUAAACUAUGAAGGGCAGGGUCUCAACAAUUGACCCACUGGUUAUGUUCUCCUCCUCAACAUGUGUUUUCAACUUGAAGCAUCACUGUGGCACCGCCACAUAUAGAGCAGUUAUUCUGUUUGUUGAUGUCAUCCCUCCAGAAACAAACAGGAAUGUGAGCAUCACUUGAAAGACACAUCCAGAGCUGCCCCUGGGGGGGGGGUAAAAUAUAUGUCCUAUAGUGUUUUUCCUUUAGUUUCAGAUACCUUGUCCCUAUAUAAUGUGUUGAUACGUGUUGAACUUUAAGCGACGGAGACCAGAUUCACUAAGAGAUCCAGGGGGACAGUGGACUAUACGUGUUGAAAGGAGGGACAUACGAUAUUGAAAGCCCACAAGGGGUGUUUAAGAUUGUUGUUAAACCCUCUGCUAACAAACAGGAAUCCACUGCUGAUCAGGUUGGAGCUGAAGCUGACACUUCUUGGAAGGGUGUGGUAAGACGGGAAACUGGAUUCUCGGAGUCUAAUCUAUGGCUCCAAUGGGUACAGUAUACUGCCACAAACAUGCACAGUACAGAUUGUAUAGUGUGUUCUCAACCUAGGCCUAUGCCCACUCCUGUACGUUCCAGAAUCAGACCAAUAAGUCCUAUAUUCAAAUGUAUACUGGAGCUCUUUGUCCUGCAGACUCAGCCUGUCCACCAUACUUGUCUAGAGUUCCAAUGGGAUUAUCCGCCAGCUACCUUGAGCACGCCACCUCCAUUUAUGGUUCCAGAUGGUACAUUUGAUUGCAUAGUAUCAGAGAUAACGGGAAGGAUAAAAGUAGGUGACAUUGCAGGAGUAAACUGUACCACAGUUCAGUUUGCUAAUGUCACUCGAUAUUCAAGUGUGUUGAAUCAGACGAUUUCCAGAGCCGACCUCUGGUGGUGGUGUGGAACUAAGGUUAUUUAUCCAACGCUGCCAGCUAAUUGGACGGGUACUUGUGCAUUAGUGCAGCUUAUCAUGCCAUUCUAUGUCUUUCCAGUAAAGGAGACCACAUUUCAAGACUUGAUUACACCACAUCCUCACGUCGCCAGGAGAGCGAAGAGAUCCACUAGUCCUGCGGGCUCAUUUGAUAGUCAUGUGUACUUAGAUGCCAUUGGGGUGCCCAGAGGGGUGCCUGAUGAGUUUAAAGCCAGGAAUCAAAUUGCGAGCGGCAUAGAAUCCUUUUUCUUCUGGUGGGUGACAAUCAAUAAAAAUGUAGACUGGAUUAAUUACAUAUACUACAACCAGCAGCGAUUCAUAAAUUUCACCUGGGAUGCCAUAACAGGGCUCCACGAGCAGUUGGAUAAGACUAGUUUGAUGGCAUGGCAAAAUAGAAUGGCACUGGACAUGAUCUUGGCAGAGGAGGGAGGAGUCUGUAGAAUGUUUGGAUCUGCCUGUUGUACUUUCAUUCCCAAUAAUACAGCGCCUGACGGAUCGGUGUCCAAAGCACUGGCUGGAUUGACAGCUCUGAGCCAGGAGCUGGGAGAGAAUUCAGGGAUUGCAGAUCCAUUCACCACGUGGAUGGAUGUGCUCUGCGGUUGCUGCUGCAUUCCCUGCAUUCGAGGACUCCUGCAGAGAUUGAUUGACACUGCCCUUAGAGAGACUAGUAUACAGGGAAAUCGGUAGCGAGUAGAUGAUGAGGGACAAACACUGUUGACGGAUGUGACUGUAUGAUC